AUGUCCAGCCACUAUGAACAAGGCCACUCUGGUUGGCACCCAGAUGUCAUACCCCAACAUCAGAAGAAAUGGCUCAAGUUCUUGAGCCUACGCUUCGGGGCUAUGGUUAGCGCAAUUGCUCCCAUCGCCUGCUUUGCUUGGGCAUAUACCCAGCAUCGAGCUGGCGAGGUAUCUACCGACGGACUUGGUGCGUCUUGGUCGCACAUCAACCUGGGAACGGCUGCCUACGCUUUUGCCUGGUCAACGCUAAAGUUCCUCGUGGUCCUCAUCUUCAACUGUGCCAUUCAUCCAGGCAUUACAAUUGCAUUUGACUGUAUUGCCUGGGUCGCUCAACUCAUUACUAUCUGCUUCUAUCUGAUAGAGCUUGGGUAUUGGCAUGCCGGUGGGUACGGGUAUUCCAAAACUGGUGUCCAUAAGCAGUUGUACGGGGCAGAGGUCUUUGGUUGCUCAAUGAUGCUGCUGGAAAUAACAUUCCAUUUUAUUCUGAUGUGUGUCGCGGCGAGUGCUUGUCACACUCAACGGAAGGCCGAAAAACCGGCAGCCAAAGCUGCUUUCGAAGGCGCUUGA